AUGGUUGGGACGCGCAGUAGCGCACCGCGUGAGGAUGCCGCGGUGCUUCUUGAGUCUAAACGCGGCACGAAGCACUUCCGGCUCAUAUGGCCUCAAGUUAAGAAACGAGGAUGGACCUCCAAGCCGCCCCCUUCUCGCGGGGUUGAAACGCGAUGGAAUUACAUCUUGCCUGGCGGCAAUGCUAACGGCACUAUUGGGAUCGACUACGUCCUAGGAGAGCAAGCUGUGGUGGACCACGCUACGAAUAGAAAGAAUAAGAAGAAAAGAAGUCCAACCAGGCGGGGUUACGAUGAACUGGAGCAAGCAGAUUCAUCAAGAAGUGCGGAAAGCAACACCACAGGACAUGGCACUACGGAACUGAUUGAUUUAUCUGGUAACAACGCUGAUGAAGCCAACAAUUGCCGAGAUGACGAUUGCAACUACCAAGUUCUGGACUCGGGAGAUACAUCUGAAGAAGACGACUUGAAUGAUCUGGAUGGAAGUGAUUCUGAAGUCUCAGUUGCUGAUACUAUUGACGAGGUUGACGAAGAGGCCUUUGAAAAUGAAGAGCGUCACUUUGCAGACCAUUUCUUAGAGUCUAUGGGCUUCGAAGAACAAGUUUUAGCAGGUGAAAUUCUUGGACCUGCACUGAAGGAAAUCUCAACUACUUGGUGGCAUUAA